AAGUAGUGCGUGUUAUCAGCAAUCUCUCGAAAAAUGUAAUCAAAUUCUGCGCAAAACUCCGCAACCUAUCCUCAAAAUGCAACCGGACGAUCUCUCGAUCCCACGCGGAGACAACAAAAUCAAGGAAAAGUUGAAUCUUCACCUGAAGAAACGCCUGCAGGAAACGGGUAAAAGUUUAUCAUCAUCGGCAGCAGAACCACCCCCACCGCCGUCAUCAUCAUCAUCAUCAACAUGCCCACCGGUUUCGCCUGCUGCUUCAGCAGCGGCAGCAGGGCCGUCAUCGGGAUCAAAGACUAAAAAGCAAAAGACUAAGCACUCGCCAUCUACCUCAUCUGCGACGAGCGCCUCUGCCGGCAGUUCGUUUUACAUCGGCGCUGCCGCCGGCUGUAGCAGUUCCAAAAAUCCGGAUCACAUGAUGCUCUCUCCCGGAGCGCUCGGCGGGGGCAACAGCAACGAUACCACCAACAGCAGUUUCAACUCGGUCGAUCUGGACCCGGAUGCUAAUCUGUCGAACGAUGGCCUGGAACGGGCGGCCGGGGAAAAGAGCGGCUCCAAGGUAAACUCUAAGCCGGAUAUUUUCACGGUGAUUUUGAAUGAGAAGAAGAGCUCGCUCAUGCGGGAUCCGGAAGUGAUCAAGUUUUUGACAGAUUUGAUGGAGAAACGUGACAAGCCUUAAA